AUGAACAGGAAAAAGUACCCCAGCAAGGCCAAGCCGACACACCCCAGCACAACCACGCGCAAGGGCAAGGAGAAGGCCGCGACGGCGCCCCCACCCGCGCGCAGGGGGUCGAGAGGGAGAAAUGCUGUCGCCGGGCCCAGUGGCGGUCCCGUUGCAAGAGAGGAGAUAGAUGACGGUGAGAUCGAGGUACUGGACGAACGAUGGGACGUCUACUUUCACGCGUUCCUGCUACACUACUCGAGACAUUCAGAGUGUUACUGGUAUCGAGACUCAUGGUGGUUCCCAGAGACGGGACGGAAUGAAAAGACGCUGCACAUGUUUGUCGCUGCGAGAUGGGCACCGAUAGAUAACCUCAAGUACUAUAACCUACACCUCCCCAAUGGCAAGAUCAUGGAAAACGUGAUGUUUCGCUAUGUGGGACCGACAACCCCGAAGAACUUGUGGCUACACGAUUACAUUGGUUACAAUCUGAAUCUAGUAACGAUCGAUAUGCGGGUUUUAGAUCCAUAG